CAUUCCUGACUCGAGCAGAAUACGACCAUGCUUCAUGAGCUUUUCCGUGAACUGCAAGGAGUAACAUGCAGGCGGCAGUCAGGUGCUAGAUCGAACGGAGGGUCGCUCCUAGGGUGGUGACUGGUCCCACAGCCUAAUUACCACGCGAAAUUUUUUUGACCAUGAUCCAAGAAAAGCCCAACGUCUUACUUGAAGCCUAGAUCCACUUCCAAGCUCAACAUCCCAGCCUCGCCUUAUGAUUAGCCUGUACGACAUGAUUGAUGAGGUGGCGAAGAAUCGUAGCUCAGAAAAUACUCAUGCCGCGACAAGCGACGAGCAAAUCUCAAAAAAUCCUACUGAGCGCCAGCUUCGGCCAAGGCAUAAGCAAGGCAAGCAAGCAAGCUCACUGACACAUUCAAGAUACCAUGACCUGGACAGCCACCAAGGACAAACCGGUACCUGCGUCUCAUCAGCUUCACCGUGUCGGCGUGCGCCUCUGUCAGCAUCUCGCUUGGUAAGGCUGAGUGCGCGCACGCGGUCUUGGUCAUCUGCUAGACUUGCUGUCAAGGGUCAAGUCUCAGGCACAGAAAGCUAUCAGCUCUCAGCUAAGGAAACUGUGCCGUCUAUGUACUUCCGUCUUCGGCUCGACGAGGCGUGCCGCGCGUACCAGAGUUGGGAACGUUUUUAGUCUUCAUUAGUGAGGACGGCCGGGAAAUAUUCGGUUAGGAGGGAAUGCUAGGUGCAGGUCCAUCGACGAUUAGAAGGGUUUAAAGCUAUCGCUAAGUGAUCAUGCGGGCCAUUUAAUGAGAUGCAUCACAAUGAUAUCCGGACUUGAUGGACGCAG